GUUCAAAUCACGUAAAUAUUCGUGUCUUAAAACUGUAAUUAUUCACAAUAAAAGUGUUUAUCCCAAUUUCUAAUAAGUGUAGAGAUAGACAUAUAAAAUGGUGUCUCGUAGCCUCACAGAAGUGUUCGUUUUGAUGCGAAAUAAUGCUAUGCACACUCGGCAAAUGUUGGGCGAACAGUAUGAUUCAGAGAAGGCCCACCUGAUGUCUCGCUCGGCGGACGCGGAGAGCGGGCUGGCGGGCGAGGCGCCGCCGCCGCCGUGGCGCGACGUGCUGGAGGAGGCGCACUAUGUGCUGUCCAGACUAAAGACCAAGAUCGCGGAACUGCAAGCGUGCCACGAGCGGCAGAUCCGGCGCCCGCUGCUGGACGACAGUUCGCAGCAGGAGGCCAUCAGCCGCGUCGCCGCUGAGGUCGCCGCGCACUUCACCAGCGCGCACCGACACUGCACCGCCAUCAGGGCGUACGCACGACAGGGUACAAAAACAGAGCAGAAGCUGGUGAACAACGUGGUCCUGGCACUGGUCUCCAGCCUGCAGGAGCUGAGCCUGACGUUCCGUUCCGCGCAGGCGCACUAUCUCAAAACCCUUACCUCCAGAGAGGAGCGCUCCAACGCCUUCUUCGAACUGCCCAACUUCGAGGAGCUCAGCCUCGAUGACCACUCCGAGUUACUACCCGGGUUGACAGCAAACCAGACGGAUAUGUUGUUUGCUCUACCCAGCACUUCGACAAACCAAAAUGGUUAUUUAGAAGACGAGAAUCUAGACCAAAUGUUUGAAAGACAAGCGGUGAGCCAGAAACAGCUGCUGUUAAGACAAGAGGAGAACACCAAAAUGGUAGCGGAACGGGAAGCGGAAGUGAAUAAAAUUGUGCAUUCGAUUAUGGAUUUAAACGAUAUAUUUAAGGACUUGGCUCACAUGGUCCAUGACCAGGGCACGGUGCUAGAUAGGAUAGACUACAACAUCGAACAGACGCAAGUGCAGGUUCACGAGGGCUACAAGCAGUUGCAGAAAGCUGAGCGGUAUCAGAGGAAAAACAGGAAAAUGCACUGUAUUCUUGUGCUAGGAGUUAUGAUUAUUAUACUGGCGGUUCUACUUAUCAUUGUUAAGAGUUAGUUAACAAUGAUUGUUAGGAAAAUAUUGUCUUGUAGAGAGAGACAUUCGAAUAACCUGGUUUUACAAAAAAGUAUCUAAGGUAAUGGUAUUUUUUUGUGUAUAAUUUCCAUAGCUACCUAUUCUCUAAAACCACACAUAAGUAGGUACUUCAUCAUCAUUACUGCAACAGUCAUUAAGAUUGAUGCCAUUAUGGGAAAUCUAUUUAUUACAUAAUAAAAUUGGAAUUAUGAGAGGAAUGUACUUAUAAAUGCUACGUACCUACGAAAUAAUAAAUUACUGGUUUAUUUAUAUGUAUCAUUUUAGUUUAGGCAUGUUUCAUUCCUGUGAAUUUAAUGUUAUGUGUAACGUUAUACAAUACAAGUAGAUAAUUAAUUUCGCACUAAAAUGUGAGCAGAUUCUAGUCUUAUUACUAUAAAUCAUGUUUGUGAAUAUCAUGUUAUUUAUUACGUAACUGAGAAAAGUUCUUUUAAUUUUUUUUUAGUUUAAGUGUGAGGGGUAUCUAUUCAUUUCUUCAUGAAUACUUGAUUGCCCUAUGAACUACUAGCCCACAUGUUUUAUACAAACGAUCGUUUAUAGUGCGCGCGGAACUAGUUGGCCGCGCCAUAGUUAUGUGAGCGGUGGGACGGGGGGGCGGGGGCGCUUGGACUUAGUAGUAUCUGACAUUGACAACAAGCGCCCCCGCCUCCCCGUCCCACCGCUCACAUACCGAAGUCGCGGCCAGCUAGUUCCGCGCGCACUAUAGUCCACUAUUUAGACCAUAGACUUAGUAUAUACUGUAUAUACUAAGUCUAUGAUUUAGACCUACCUAAACAUUCUAAGGUUCAAAAAUUCUGUGGCCUAACAGUUCAUCGGUGACCAACUGUUGAUAGACUCAGGUGUGGGUGUUUCUGUGCCAAUGAACCCAGUUGGCCUGUUUCUAGUAUGAAUGCAAGCUAUAGACUACAUGGGGCUGCAAGGUUGUAACUUAUAACAAACAUUGUUGAUAAUGAAAUAAUAAUGUUAUUCCACAAAUGGUCUCAGUGAAAUAAGUUUUACAUAUUUAUGAUUACCUAUUUAAGAUAGGUUAGCGGUUAGAUAGUAUUAUUUAC